AUGUACUCCGCGUCGGCGGAGGCUGUGGCUACGGUGGCCUGCAGCUUGGAGUUCCAGGACACGGGGCCCGUGGAACAGAAGACGACGAAGCCCAAGGACGCAGUUGCCGCGUUCCAGUCUUUCCUGCGCCAGACCAAGCUCCCCAUCUCGCCCACAACAACAGCACUCCAGACGGAUUCCGAUGCCAUCUUCCUCGGAGCUGACUUCCAGGCCAUCGUCAAGAAGCACCUGAAGCAGCACCAGCAGUCCCCGCCGUACACCCAGGCGCAGAACGGCAUCGUCGAGCGACAGGUGCGCACCCUCUCCGACAUGGUGCGAGCCAUGAUCACGGGUGCAGGCCUCGACGCAUCGUACUGGAGCCUCGCCUGCAACCACGCCCUCCACAUCCUCAACAACAUGCCUCGCCCUUCCCUCCACGGCAAGACACCGCUGCAGAUUGUCACGGGCUCGCUGCCCAAGCACGUGCCACAGCUGCACGUCUUCGGGCAGCCGGCCGUCGUCCACAUCAGCACACAGCGCGGACGCCUGCAGCCCAAGGGCCGCCGAGGCAUCUACGUCGGCCACAACAGCAGCAGCAACAGCCACCUCGUCUACUUUGAAGACACGAACACCGUUGUGUCCUCCAUCCACGUCCGCUUCCUUCCCUUCUCCAAGGCCGAUGAUGUCGUGGAUGAGGGGGAGGAUGUUGAGAGUCAUAUGUCUGACCCGUCGGACCACGUCGUUUCCACGCCAGGAUUCAAGAUGGACCUGCCCAAGUUCUCUGGCUCGCCCGGCACCUUUCAUGCGUGGAGCAUUCGCAUGAAGAUGGCGCUCAAGCUGCGCGGCGACGACGUCUGGGCAGCUGUGGAGGCAGGAGCGUCGUCAUCAGGAGGUCCAAGCUCAGCGACACGCUCAAGUGCAAGGAGACCGACAGCAGGAGAUCACGCCAACCUCACCGCUGCAAACCUCAUCGCGUCCACGCUCUCAGGCUACCCCCUUCUCCUCUUCACCAACGGAGAAGCAGACGUCAACGCCGGCCAAGGAUGGGCCCGGCUCAAGGACCACUACGCUUCGCAGGACCGCCUCCGCAUCGCAGAGCUCAAGGAGGCGCAGCUUCACGUCCCCUGCGGCAACCUCGCCCGCUUCUUCGAGCGACAAAUGGAGCUGCAGCAGCAGUUGCAGGACGCAGGCGUGCGCCAGGACAACGAGGACCUCUUCACCAUCGUCUGGAAGCAGCUGCCACGCUGGACAGCCCCGCUCACGCUUCCCUACUUUGCCAGUGGCCGCUUUCCCUCCCUCCUCGAGCUCAGCAUCAGACUGCAGCAGCUGGAGCAGCAGAUGCGUGGUUCACGCACACAGCCGCAGGCAGGCGGCUUCAUGGCAAGCGCACCGCCACGCAGAGGCGGAAGACGCGGCUUCUCCAACAACAGCAACAACCACGGACGCCAGGGACGCAACAAUGGCAACAGCAACGGCAACAGCAACGGCAAAGGGCGCCGCUUCCGUGGCAACUGUCACUACUGUGGCAAGUAUGGACACCGUGCAGCAGAGUGUCGCAAGAAGCAACGCGACAACGGAGCAACAGGCUUCACUGCACAGGCACAGCAUCAACAUGGUCAAAACGCAGCAACCUUCGUCGCUGCCACAGCUACUACACCCACGCAGCUGCAUGACCCACUCACGUGGCUUGCAGACACGGGUGCUUCACACCACCUCACCUUCGUCAAGGACGCCUUCGUGGAGCUGACACCGCACCUGCAACAGCAUCAUCCACGCCACAUCACUGCGUUUGGCGGCACACGUGUGCCCGUGCGUGGUGUUGGCUCUGUGCUGUUGCAUGCACGCACGACGAGCGGAGCUACGAUGCAGAUUGUGUUGCAGGAGUGCCUCUACGUGCCCGAGGGCCAGGCCAACCUCAUCGCCCUCGGUCGUCUGACUAGGGACAGCAGCGGCAGGCCAACGGGCCACUCGCAGCAUGAUGGCGCUGAUGGGCACUACGUGCGCUUCAGCCACGGAGCCGAGGUCAAGCUGAAGGAGCGCAGCAGCCUCCGAUGCUGGCCCAUUGUUGCUGUUGGUCCAUCCACGGCACACGGACUCACCGCCGAUGCCUGCAAGCAACCACAGCAACCCGCAGCAGCUCCUGCAGCCCAGAGCAAGGUGCAGACACCAUCGAUGCAUGAGGUGCUUGGCCACCGCAACGACAACGACGUGCAGCAGUACUGCAAGCUGAUGGGCAUCGACGAUCGCAACGCCAUCAGCAGCAAGCAGUGCGCAACGUGUGCAGUGACCAAGAGCACUCGUCACAGCGUCAGCAAGCACGCGGAGCGCACACAGGUGCCCGGCGAGCGCAUCCACGCCGACAUCGUCGACUGGACCGCGGACUCACCCACGGGCAAGCGCUACAGCCUCGUCAUCGUCGAUGAGGGCAGCAAGCUCCUGCAUGCAGUCCAUCUCAAUGCCAAGAAGGACGCAGUUGCCGCGUUCCAGUCUUUCCUGCGCGAGACCAAGCUCCCCAUCUCGCCCACAACAACAGCACUCCAGACGGAUUCCGAUGCCAUCUUCCUCGGAGCUGACUUCCAGGCCAUCGUCAAGAAGCACCUGAAGCAGCACCAGCAGUCCCCGCCGUACACCCAGGCGCAGAACGGCAUCGUCGAGCGACAGGUGCGCACCCUCUCCGACAUGGUGCGAGCCAUGAUCACGGGUGCAGGCCUCGACGCAUCGUACUGGAGCCUCGCCUGCAACCACGCCCUCCACAUCCUCAACAACAUGCCUCACCCUUCCCUCUACGGCAAGACACCGCUGCAGAUUGUCACGGGCGCGCUGCCCAAGCACGUGCCACAGCUGCACGUCUUCGGGCAGCCGGCCGUCGUCCACAUCAGCACACAGCGCGGACGCCUGCAGCCCAAGGGCCGCCGAGGCAUCUACGUCGGCCACAACAGCAGCAGCAACAGCCACCUCGUCUACUUUGAAGACACAAACACCGUUGUCAGUGGCGACACCAGCCUCACGGAGCCUGCAAGCAUCAAGCAAGCACUCAAGAGCCAGCAACGCAAGCAGUGGACUCAGGCAUGCUUGGAGGAGAUCGGGGCGAUGGAGCGCAACGGCGUCAUCAAGCUCAUCCCACGCAGCGCCGUGCCACGGCAACACACGCCCCUCAAGUCACGCUUCGUCUUCAAGGUGAAGCGUGAUGCGGAAGGCACGCUGACGCGCUUCAAGGCACGCUGGGUCGCCAAGGGCUUCAGCCAGCGACCGGGCAUCGACUUCGACCAGACCUACGCCCCAACACCAGCAGCCAAGACCAUCCUCACCGUGCUCGCCGUCUCCCUGCAACGACAGCACCAGCUGCACCAGCUCGACUUCAAGUCGGCUUACCUGCAGGCUGAUCUCAAGGAGGAGCUGUACAUGGAGCUGCCGCCGCACUUCACCGACAUCGGCGACGGCGCUCAACGCUACGCGGGCAAGGUGUGCCGGCUGCUCAAGCCGCUCUACGGUCUCAAGCAAGCUGGCCGUGCAUGGGCCAAGAAGCUGCACACCUUCCUCAAGACCAACGGAUGGGCGCAGAGCCACGUCGACGCAUGCCUCUUCACCAAGCUCCACGACGACGGACAGCGCACAUGGAUCAUCACGUACGUCGACGACCUCAUCAUCAGCGGCAGCAGCGAGCGCCACAUCCGUGCCUGCAAGCAGCAGAUCAAGGAGAGCUUCGAGGCAGAGGACCUGGGCCCGCUCACCUGGUACCUGGGCCUUCACCUGACGUCACCAGCUGACGGCGUGUUGCACAUUGCGCAGACACAGGCCAUCAACGACAUCGUCAACGACUACAACCUGGCAGCGGCAGCCAGCGUGUCCACGCCCAUGCGUGUUGGCAUCGACGCCUCCAGCAUCAGCGAGCAGCCCGACCGACGCCUGCCUUUCCGCAACCUCGUGGGCUCGCUCCUGUACCUGGCCAACCGCACAAGACCAGACGUCAGCUUCGCGUGCGGACUGCUCUGCCGUUACAUGGACCGUUACACGACGGUCCACUGGCAGGCAGCCAAGCACGUCGUGCGGUACCUGAAGGCGACGAGCGAGCACGGCCUCCUCUUCAAGCGACGCAGCGGCACGCGCAAGGACCAGCCGCUGGACCUGGUGUGCUACAGCGAUGCCAGCUUCGGCACAGACCAGCUGACGGGCCGCUCCACGACGGGCUUCACCUGCUACAUCAACGGCUGUCUUGUGUCUUGGAGUAGCCGGCUGCAACCCACGGUUGCGCUGAGCACCGCUGAGGCCGAGUACAUGGCCAUCUCCGCUGCAGCGCAGGACGUCGUCUUCCUGCGGCAGCUGCUCAUGGACCUCGGCGAGCCCGAGGCUGGAGCCACCAAGAUGCUGACAGAUAACCAGGCGGCCAUCGCCAUCGGCAACGACCACGUCACCAAGCCGCGCACGAAGCACAUCCGGGUACGCCACCACUUCGUGCGGGAGCUCAUCGCCGACGGAACCAUUGUGCUGCAGCACUGUCCCGGCACGCGGAUGGUUGCCGACGCGCUGACCAAGGCACUGGACAAGCAGACCUUCGAGCAGCACCUGCCACGACUGGUGGGAACCUCGACGGCUGAGACGGAGCAGAGGAAGGCAGUUGAGGGGGAGUGUUGAGAGUCAGUGAGUUUCUGUUUUGUGUUGAGUCCUUCCUAAUUUGCCUUCUCGUGUGGUUUUGUCUUGUUUGCCAACAACACCUGCUUUGUGGUUUUUCCGUUGGCAAACAUUCCUUCCUCUCUGCUGGCAUGCAUGUGUGCCAACUGCCUCUCCUCUCCUCCU